AUGUAUGUUGGUAUUGAUUUAGGUACAUCGGCAGUAAAAGUGGUGUUGAUGAGUGAAAGUGGUUCAUUAGUUGCAAGUCAUAGUGAACCUCUUACACUCUCACGACCAUAUCCAUUAUGGUCUGAACAAGAUCCUGCCGAAUGGUGGCAGGCUACCGAUCGUGCAGUACAACAACUCAAUCACAAACACCAGUUGGAUCAAGUUGUUGCCAUUGGUCUCAGUGGUCAAAUGCAUGGUGCAACACUGCUCGACAAGAAUCAAAAUGUAUUGCGACCUGCUAUUCUCUGGAACGAUGGUCGUUGCGCUCAACAAUGUGAAGAAUUGGAAUCGUUGGUCAAGGAUUCACGUAGGAUAACCGGUAAUCUAAUGAUGACGGGCUUUACAGCACCAAAGUUGAAAUGGGUAGCGCAAAACGAACCGGAAAUAUUCAAACAGAUCGACAAAGUGUUGCUGCCAAAGGAUUAUCUAAGAUGGAAGAUGGCCGGUGUAUUUGCCAGUGAUAUGUCGGAUUCCGCCGGUACGAUGUGGCUCGAUGUCGGUAAGCGUGAUUGGAGCGAUGAAUUGCUUGCGGCAACCGGUCUAGAUCGUAGUCAUAUGCCGGCUUUGUAUGAAGGCACUGAAAUCACAGGUGAGUUGCUACCGGAUGUACGUGAGCGCUGGGGAAUGAAAAAGAGCGCAAUUCCAGUGAUAGCUGGCGGUGGCGAUUGCUCGACAGGUGCCAUCGGCGUUGGAGUUUGCCAGCCGGGUCAGGCAAUGCUAUCGAUUGGCACUUCCGGUGUAUACUUUGCAGUCAGUGACAAUGGAUAUCUGAGCAAUCCAACUUCAGCAGUACACAGUUUUUGUCAUGCAUUACCAAAUACCUGGCAUCUAAUGUCUGUCAUGCUGAGUGGUGGCGUCUGCCUCAAUUGGGUAGCCAAACUUACAGGCUUAAAUAGCGUUGAACAAUUAAUGAAUGAAGUAGAAUCACAUACAACAUCUUCUUCAACUUCUUCACCAAUUUGGUUUCUACCUUAUUUGUCAGGAGAAAGAACACCUCAUAACAAUCCAAAUGCCAAAGGUGUAUUCUUUGGGUUGACACUUGAACAUCAGCGUGCUGAUCUGUGCAAGAGUGUCCUGGAAGGAGUUGGUUUUUCUUUGCUAGAUGGUAUGGAGGUUUUGCAUGAAACUGGAUUUACGCCAACCAGUAUUACUUUGGUUGGUGGUGGCGCACAUAGUUCUUAUUGGAGACAGAUGCUGGCUGAUAUCACCGGCUAUACACUCCUAUACUCGGGUGGAGAAGUUGGCCCAGCAAUUGGUGCUGCUAGAUUGGCGAUGAUUGCCUUAAAUAAAGAUAAACCAAUACAACAAUUUCUUCCAGAACUACCACUUGUACAACGUCACACACCAAAUCAACAAACACACGAAUACUAUAAACAACGUCGAAUAACAUUCAAGCAAUUAUAUCAACAAAAUUUGUCACUAAUGUCAUAA